UAUACACCGUAGGCCAAAAACAAAGAAACCUGAGCCGCGACUGGGCGAGAGCGAAAACGAGUGAGGAAGAAGGGAAGAGUAGAGAACAAGAAAAUAAACCAGCGAGAGAGGAGACGGCAUGGAUCUGAAGGAAGCGGGCUCUUCCCUUGACGGUCUCAUCUCCUCCUUCAACACCCGCAUCGUUGAGCUCCAGGAGCUCGUCAUCGCCCGCAACAUUUAUCCGGCCACCAGCAUGUCGGAUCUCUCUGCCGUGGAUACGACCCUGAAGACUAUGGAGUCUCAGAUCCAGGCCAUCAAGGACCGAUUGCAAGAGGAGAGAAAUGCAAUCCCCAAGGCCAAAAAACUCAUUGAGUUAUCUCAGCGACAGCAGCGGAAGCUGCAGCACAUGCUCGCUCACAUGCCCUCUGGCAUGUACGAGAGCAUAGGCCAUUCGGAUCAGACCCAUUCGAGUUUGAUUCCAGAUGCGCUCGGCUCUGAUUUCUUGUAUGUGCAUUCUAAGGUCAAGGAAGAGCCAGCUGUGGUGCCCAAGGAGAAGAAGGGUCGAUCUCCUGCACCCCGUUGGUAUAUAAUUGCCGAGGAGCUUGAUUCAUUGUCAUCUUAUAUGAGAGGGAGGCUCACACUAGAUAAGGUCAACAUUGCUAUCAACGAGAUAGCUACAUAUGCGGAUGCAAAUGCUCAACUCAUUGCAUGCCCCAAGAAGAAGUUAGCGGAAGACACUUGGGAAAGGGCUUUAGAACUAAGAGACAUUGCAAUGGCUGAAGCAGUGAAAGGCAAGUACUUUUUCCUUGAAACAGAUAUAAAAGGGCCAGGACUGAAACUCGAUAACACAGGGAAGGCAAUUCUGACAGUCCUUCGCCAUCUUGGUCGUAUCCAGGAGGCUCGCAUUGGUCAUCACCGCGUGUUUACCCUUUCAAAACGUCAGUGAUGGUGUUGUAACUUUUUUAAUUUUCAAAGACCAAUUUAAUGCGACUGGAAUUUUCUAAGCAUCUGCCAUCUGCUAUAGCUAAUCUCCCCCUGAAUAUCUUUGCCCAAAAGUGCUGUAACUGCAGGUCUCUCUACAUUGUGAGUAAUUUUAUUUUUCUAUAAAUUCUAUUUUAUAUGGCAUAACGUCAUGAAGGAAUGAACCGAUUCACUUAAUGACAUCUCCAAAUUGAGGGAUGACCCGGCAUUUCAAGGGACUAUUUUCUUCGUGCAGUUCGUGCCAAACCG